AUGUCGCACUAUUCCAUCCCCGGAUUCCGUCGGGAGGAGACUGCAGCCAAGACUUCGGCGGUCCGAAUGUCGCUCGGAAACCCACCAACAACAGCGAUCCAACAAGCACUUGGCCCGACAAUCUCGAUCGAAUCCUACCAUCGAUCCGUCCAAUUAUAUCACACAACCCGGCGAGCAUUGCGAGAUCCUGAAGAAUUCAUCCGUGAGACAACUCAGGAAUCCUUGUCCGAUGACGAGCGCGAGUUUAUGGUCGAGUUGGUCCGCUUGGAACCGACGCUCUUCUUCGACAAGAUCAUGGAACGCUUCUACGAUUGUAACGGGGUCGUCCCAAUGGACGAUAUGUAUUCUUUACAAGAACUGCUCGUCCAGGAACUUUGUGUGACCUUGGAUAAAACUCGGCCGGCCAAUAAUCGCAAAAGCUUGGAAAAAAAGUACCAAUACAUCGCCAGAAUAACCAAGCAUCCUGCCAACUUCCUGGUCUUCAUGAAACUGCGAUACGCUUCCCAGAUCGUCGAACACUCUAUGGAACUAGACAAGCCUCAAUGGCCUCCAACGAAAGUCAAACCCGAAUCAAAAAGGGUCCCUUCUCACUUAUUCUGGCUAUCAGCAAAUCCGGAUUCCUCGAGCUGA